AUGACUAAUAACGAUCAAAAUAACGUCCGGCUACCUUUUAGUAUCGAAAAUAAUAUACUGAAAGGAAGAGUGGCGCCAUUUCAGUCUCAGUACACGCAUGUUGGACAGUUGCUGUUCGACUCCCUAAAAAAAAAUGCGGAUCUAGUGGGACAAGUUGACGCGAUCACAGGUAUCGAAGACACUUUUGGAGAUAUUCUAGAUAUGUCGAUAAAGUGUGCGCUUUGGAUGCAAAAACAAGGAGUUAAAAGCAACGAUAUCAUUGUUAUUUCAUCGCAAUGUAAUCGUGAAUUUUUCGUACCAGCUAUCGCUGCACUCUUCAUUGGUGCCAUUUUCAGUCCAUGGGACGAUGAAAAGGAUACGGAUACGUCUCGUCAUUACAUCAAAUUACUGGAACCAAAAGUCGUGUUUGCGAAUAAGAAAUCAUCUCCCGUCGUGCUGAAAGCGGCUGAACUCGAGGAUCAUCAAAUAAAAGUGGUGGUGUUUGAAAAUUGUCCUGGCACGACACCGUUCGCUGACAUCCUAAAGGGUCACAGCAAAUGUUCGGUGGCCAAUUUUCAAUGCACUGAAAUUAACGAAAAUGAUCACACUGCAAUGAUUAUGUUCUCCUCUGGAACAACGGGUCUUCCAAAGGGUAUAACAAUUACUCAUCGAUCGUUACUGGCGAUCGUGGAAUCAUGGUUGGGUCCUCCUGUCCACACAUGUAUGUGGUACAGUUGCCUGUUCUGGUUGAGUGGCCCGUUAUUUAAUAUGAGAAAUAUCAUUUUCCAUAACAAGAAAAUUAUUCCGCCACCCUUUGAAGAGGAAUCAGCCUGCAGGAUUAUACAGAAAUACAAGGUGGAAUGGUUGUUAAUGAAUACCACUAAAAUAAACCGUCUUGUUCGAUACAAUCGCCUCCAUGAAUACGAUUUUUCGAGUUUGAAAGCCCUGUACAUUGCUGGCUCCCCCAUGGAAAAACUAGCUCAAAACUUGGUAAAGAAGUGUUUUCCUAAUACGGAUGUUAUACAACUUUAUGGUAUGGCUGAAAUGGGCAACCAAAUUGCUGGGCAAUUGGUCAGUUCUCCAAGCGGUUCGUCUGGGUUAGUUGCUCGCAACUGCGAGGUAAAAAUUAUUGAUCCGAAAACGGGAAAGACAUUGGGACCGAAUCAGAAGGGUGAAAUCUGUGGUAAAUCGAUAGCUAUGAUGUCGGGUUAUUACAAAAAUCCAGAAGCUACCAAAAAGGUCAUCGACGAAGAUGGAUGGUUACACACGGGGGAUUUUGGUUAUUACACCGAGGAAGGAGAACUAUUCGUUGUCGAUAGACUGUCCGAUUUAAUUAAAUUUAGCGAUCAUUUAAUAAUUCCAAGUGAAAUCGAGGCUGUCUUGCUGACUCAUCCUUCAGUUUUGGAAGUAGCAGUCAUUGGUAUACCUCAUCCUACUGAUGGUGAACAUCCACUUGCGUUUGUCAGAAUAGUACCAAACGAAGAGGUAUCGGCGGAAGAAUUAAUCGAUUUGGUAGCCAGUAAAUUGCCGGAUCAUUGUCGCCUACGUGGUGGGGUGAUAUUUCUACCAUCUUUUCCAUAUACUCCUACAGGAAAGAUUCUUAAGAAGGAAUUAAAGAUGUUGAAAACGAAGUCGAUAAACGAACGAACUCGUUAAACAAAUAUAGAAUGUAAAUUGCUAAUCAUAUUUUUGUAGGAAGUAUAAUUACACAUAAAGUCUUAUUAAGUAUAAGGAUAACAAGUUCAUUGUUAGGGGUUAAAGAGAAGGAAGACGAAAUAAUUUUAAUAAAACUACCAAAAUUUAUUGUAGAUAUGAAUAUAACAAUAAAUCACUGUGUACAAUGUUGUAUAAAUUGUUUAGAAGA